GGUCCAGAAUACAAACACACCAUACUCCUGAAACCACCAGAUUCCCCUAUCCAAACCCUUAUCCUACGCACACUUCCGUCCAGACAGGCUUACACUCUCUAUCUUCUCUCUCAUAAAAAAAAUGGCCGCCGAGUUACUUCCACCGGAUGGCCCAACCGCCUCCGCCGCCGCCGCCACCACCACCGCCGCCACCACAGCAUCCGCCGCCAUAGACCCCACCACAACUGCAACAAUAACAGCUCUAGCCCUAGCCGAAUCAGAAAACCAUGGGCCACCACCACCAAUACCAAAACGCCAACGUCGACCAAGCGUCCGUCUCGGUGAGAUCGGGGACCACCAUCACCAAACAGCACAUGAAACGCACGUGCGACGGUCAACAAAGCAUCUGCAGCAACACCACACGUGGCGCAUCCCUAAAGACUCAAAAUCAAUCAAAGCUCGUUCUUUAACCCACCUCGUUAACGGAAACAGCAACGAAAUUGAAGAACACGAGCUCCAUAACAAUAAUCAAAACGGAGAGCUAAAUCUUGUCGAAUUCGGUCAUAGAAGGAAGGCGAAGAGAGGUACAACGAAGAGAGUGAGAUCGAAUUGGAUUUCAUCGAAUUCUAGAAUCGAUGAAGGAGAUGCUACUUUAGAGAAUUCAAAUGGAGAGGAAGGGUUUGUUCGGGAAUUCGAUCUUGAUUCUGAUAGUCCUUUAAAAGAUCAAAGUCCGGUUCAUUCUGUUGAAAAUGUUGCUUUAGAUUUCUGGCAAGGGAAUCGGAGAACAAGUACGGGUUCUGGUCGAGUUAGGGUUACAGAGAGUAGGGAAAAUGAAGGAAUUGAAAUGGAGAAUGAUGAUAAUUCGGAGCGAAAAUGGGAAGGCGUGAGGACUUGGUUGAUUGAGUUAGGGUUAAGUCGAUACGCCCCUGUUUUUGAGAUACAUGAAGUGGAUGAUCAAGUGUUGCCGUUAUUGACAUUGGAGGAUUUGAAAGAUAUGGGAAUAAAUGCAGUUGGUUCGAGAAGGAAACUGUACUCCGCGAUUCUGAAGCUUAGAAAGGGGUUUCAGAUUACAUGGGUGCGUAGGUCAUGGAUUUGCUCAGGUUUUUCAGACAAGUAGCCUCCUUGCUAUGCUCUUGUGGGCGUUCACUGCAAUCUGUUGCAUGGCAGAGGAGUUGUCGAUUGUACGUUGAAUUGUUCUGUGUAGGCGUAAAAAAGUUUGUGGUUAUGGAUGAGUUUGAUUAAUGCAAUUAACUUUAAAACAGGAUGCCCAGGGAAGAAUUUACUUGGGGGGCUAUGGCGUGGAGGAUUGCUUGAUUAGGGAGGUGGUUCUCUAUCUUUCAGACCAACCUCUUGCCUAUUUCAAAUCCUUGUAAUUUUGACUCGAGGAUGCGUUCGCAGCCCUAGCCCUUGAUGCCUGGCAUAUGGAUAGGAAAGCCCGGCGCUUCAUUGGAAUGCUGACGGAUCACGGUGCUUAAUUAACAGUCGACAAACAAGCCUGAUGUCAAUACGGCAGCCAUGUCAUUUUUUAGUGCUAGACUUCAAAAAUCUUAAUGGGAUUAUUCUGUUUUAAAUUA